UUUUCCUUUUUGGUCAAGGAAUCACCAUUACCCUUGCAUAGUUGCAUUGAGCAACCGCAGUAAGCAGUUGAAGCCUUGUUCCGAAGAUGUGAAACUAACUGUCAACAGCAGAGGCAGAGAUGGAGAUUCUAGGCUGUGCAUAAGCCAGUGUUUGAUUUUGGAGUGCUAUCGUUCACUCUCAACCGUGCUUGUGUCUGCAGCUGUGGGCGCAUCAUUUGUAUGUACACAUUUUUGAAGCAAACACAAGGUCCUUACACAUCACUUUCUUAUUGUUCUACUCUCCUAGACCACUGUUUAUCUCAAAAAUCCGUUAACUUUGUCAAAAUCGUGCAUGCCCAUUUCCUCAAAUUGGGUCUCAACACCUACACCUAUUUGGGCAAUCGCUGUCUCGAUCUUUACUCCGAUUUGGGCCACAUUAACGAUGCCUUGAAGGUGUUUGAUGAUAUUUCUCACAAGAAUUCCACUUCCUGGAACAUUUGCUUAAAAGGGUUGCUCAAAAGUGGGCAGCUUGGCAAUGCCUGCCAACUGUAUGAUGGAAUGCCUGUUAGAGAUGUUGUUAGCUGGAACUCCAUGAUUUCAGGUUAUGCUUCUAAUGGGUUUUCUAGUGAUGCAUUGGAGCUGUUUGUUGAAAUGCAAGGUGCUGGUAUGAGACCGAGUAGUUUCACUUUCUCCAUUCUGACGUCGCUGGUGUCGAGUCCCUGUCAUGCUAAGCAGGUUCAUGGGAGGAUAAUCAGAAGUGGGAUGGAUUUGUCUAAUGUAGUUCUUGGAAAUUCGUUGAUAGCAAUGUAUGGGAAGGUUGGUCUUGUUGAUUAUUCUUUUAGUGUGAUUUUGACCAUGAAGAAGAUCGAUAUUAUAUCUUGGAACUCUUUGAUGUGGGCCUGUCAUAGAGCCGGGCACCAUGAGCUGGCUCUAGCGCAUUUCUAUAAGAUGCGGGAUGCGGAGUUGUUACCUGACCAGUUUACGUGUUCGACUUUGAUGAGUGUCUGUUCUAACUUGCGAGAUUUGGACAAGGGUAAGCAAGUUUUUGCCUUCUGUUUCAAGGUGGGAUUUGUUUAUAAUAGCAUUGUAUCAAGUGCUGCUAUUGACCUCUUUUCCAAAUGCAACAGAUUGGAGGAUUCUGUUCGGCUAUUUACAGAACAGGAUCGAUGGGAUACAGCUCUGUGCACUUCCAUGAUUUCAAGCUAUGCUACACAUGAUUUAGGGGAAGAUGCCCUGCAUCUUUUUGUUUUAACCUUGAGGGAGAAUAUUCGGCCAACGGAAUACAUGGUUAGCUGUCUUCUGAGUUCUUUUUCCAUAUUUUUACCAGUAGAAGUGGGUAUCCAAAUCCAUGCUUUGGUUCCGAAAUUGGGUUUCGAGUCAGAUGCAGUUCUUGCGAGUACACUUGUUCAUAUGUAUGCUAAAUUUGGAAUUAUUGAUGACGCCCUGCAUAUCUUCAAUGAAACGAAAAUAAAAGAUUUGGUAUCAUGGAACACUAUAAUGAUGGGAUUGGCUUACAAUGGCAAAGUCUCUGUGACCCUGGAUCUCUUCAAGGAAUUGAUUAGAGAAGGUAUGGCACCAGAUAGAAUAACACUUGCUGCAGUCCUACUAGCAUGCAACUAUGGGAGUUUUGUUGAUGAAGGAAUAAAAAUAUUUUUCUCAAUGGAGACAGAAUUUGGAGUAAAACCAGGGGAAGAACAUUAUACAUAUGUUGUGGAGAUGUUGAGUAAAGCUGGUAUGCUAAAAGAAGCCAUUGACAUUGUAGAAACAAUGCCAUAUACAAUUACCCUUGACAUGUGGAGGUUAAUUCUUUCUGUUUGUGUAAUUCAUGGAGACUUGCAAGUUAUUGAAACAGUUGCAAAGGAAAUAAUGGAGAGGGAACCUCAGGCACCCUUUCCUUACUUGGUGUUGGCUCAGGCAUAUCAGAUGAUGGAAAGAUGGGAGAGCUUGGUUCGAGUGAGGAAGGAUAUGGAACAAAAAUGUACUAAAGAGUUCAUUGGAUGCAGUUGGUUUGGAAUGAAAAACCAUGGGUACACUUUUCAGUCAAAUCAGUUACAGCAUUAUGGUGGCAAGGAUCUUUAUCUGCUGUUGAAUUUACUGGUAUGGGAGAUGGAGACUGAAGGUUAUGUCUAAAAGUUGUAUGCUAGCAGCUAGAGAAUACAUAUUUGUUUCUUGCCUGGGAUGACACUGAGUAAAAAAAUAGAGUUCAGUAAGUUAUUAUCACAGUGUAAAAUUAACUCAUCUCACCAUUUUGUCUCUAGGGUCUGUUUUUUUAUAUUAACUUGACUAGAUGUGCCAAAAUUGUGAAAUAUAAUGUAUGUGAAAGUUUAUUAUAUCCUUAUAAAAGUAAAGUAAGUUGUAUGAA